UCUCCCCUCCUCCGUCUGGCCGGCAUGGAGCUGCCUUUCGGGUUCGAGUUCGAGGAGUCGGUCUUCGAGGCGGGGAGGCGGGAGCGGGGCCGCCGCUCCUCUCUCUCCCCCGCUUACAGCGCCCGAUGUUGCGAGCCCGAGUGGUUUUGUCAGGAAACAGGCAGCGGCGAGGAUGAUGCUGAAAGUGUCAAUGUUAAAAAAUUCAGAGGAGAUUUGGCAUAUAAGCGACAAGAAUUUAAGAAGGCCCUGUGUGAGUAUUCCGGCUGUCUUGCGCUCUUGCCUCCCAGUAAUCCUGCCAUGAGAAGAGAUAUACAGGAGAGCCAGGCUCGCUGCUUAGCUCAUCUGGGGAGAAACAAGGAAGCCUUGGAGAUUGCAGAAACACUGAGAAAUGGAGCAACUAACACUGACCACGUAACUGUGAUCCUUGGCCUGCAGCUCGUCAUUUAUCGCAGACUGGAGCAUAUUGAGAGAAUAAUCAAAUGCUUACAUGGACUCAUUAUGUUACACCCCUUUCACCCAGGGCACUGGAAGUUACUAGCUGAGGCCUAUAUGAGCCUUUGUUGCUCUCCAGCACCAUUGAGAGGGGAUGGCUCAACUGCAGGUAACUCCAUCCAGAGUUCGUCAACUGAAGCCAACUUUCAAUGUCACGAAAAGAACAGCUGGAAGAAGGAUGUCACCUUGCAGUUUUCUCCCCAAAUCAACGGCAGCUGUGGAUCUUGUGAGGAAUGCCAAAGACUAGAAGUUCCCAUCAUUGUCUCAGGAAAAUCAGAGGCACAACACAGAACCAAGAGUGCUGAAUUGGAUUCCAUGGGACAGGAAAGAUCAGAAGACAUUUGCAUAUACUCAUGUGCUUCCUUUGUUAGAGCAAGACUCUUGUUUCAGCUCAUGCAGUUGAAUCAGUCUUCGUUUGCUUUAGAAAGUAACUUAAAGGCGCAGCAGGAAAUUGAAGACAAAGUUGCAUCCUUUGGAUUGAAGGAAGAUGUCUUGUUCUUGAUGACUGAGGCUAUGGGAGAGGACCUUGUCCCAGAAAAGCUGAAAGAGGAUGCUCAAGGAGAGGUGAAAUGCUUAGGGGCCACAGCCUUGACAUCCAUGCUGACUGCAUCUGCCGUGGAAUUCGAAAGAAAAUGGUUCCAAAGGCUCCGAAAGCACUUUCCUCCCUUGGACUGUCGCACAUAAUGCAAUGUGGCUACACAAAGACUCUUGCUCUAUUUUCAUUUCUGUCCCAGCUGUCCAAAGGAAGGUGGCUAAAGGCGGUGUGUAGCCAGGCUACUAGUGUUUUACUCUGUGGCCAGGGAAAGGGUGGAAGUAGGGCUGGGCAAGCCUUGGCUCUUGGAUUUGGAAAUCCGAAUCGUGGAGGCCAUUUUAUGGCAGAUCCGCCAUUGCCUUGCACAGCCCUAGGCCCCCAUACAGCCUACAGUUCCCAGCAUGCAGUGCCUGGGGGGGGCUGUACUUCUCAGGGCCCAGGAACAGAGCGCAUAUGUGUACUUGCCACCGCCAUCACCUCCUCCACGCCAUCGCCUGCUCCUCGGCAUGAUCUCCUCCUCCUCUGUGGUCACAGGCACCUGCGGAAUACGUGCUGUUGCCUCCAGGGUCAAUGGCGUGUUCCUGAUUGCGAGGAGAAGCUGGCGAUUGUGGAGGAGGUGAUCACAUUGAGGAGCGGGUCAUGGCAACAGCAAGUCCACGUAUGUCCUUUGUUCCUGGGCCCCAGGAAAUGCAGCCUUCCCUGGCACUGCAUGCUGGGAAUUGUAGGCUGUAUGGGGGCCUAGGGCUGUGCAAGGUAAUGGCAGAUCCGCCAUAAAAUGGCCUCUGAUUUGGAUUUCCAAAUCCAUGACCCAAGGCUUGCACAGCCCUAGUUGGAAGUCCCACAUCUAACACAAGGUCCAGCCAUCUGAGCCUCAGUUUCCAGGGGAGACCGUCCUGCUCACAUCAGGAGGCAGCCUUCUCCAAGCUGGUGCACCCUGGAUGCGUUGGACAGCAACCCCCAUAAUUCCUAGCCAGCCUGGCCAAGGACAUCUUGGCCAUUGGGUAGGUGGCUGAGCAUCUUUUGGCAAGGAAUGGAACCUGAGAGGUUCCUUCAUGCAAAGCACCUCUGCUCUACCAUGGAGUUAUGGUCCGUCUGCAAUCCAGGGCACACUAGGCUGGCACUUUGAUAAGUGGACCAAAAGUCAAGUCCAAAUACAGUGUUACCAACACUGGAUUGACAAUUUGCAUGGAGCAGAAAUAAAUGUCUACACCAACUUUGGCGAAGCUGCUGCCGAUCAGAAAGUCUGAUCUGAGCUUUCACCAAGGCCAAUAAUCUAAGAUGAUGCCUAGGCCGCCGUUAAGGGUGGAAGCCAACGCUUUGAAUUGUUUGGGCCCGCCUUCCCCUGGCAGGCCCUGCCCUGUGCCUUCGAAAGAUUGCUCCAGAAAGUCAAGCAAACCUGCGGAAACGGUCUCCAACGCUGCACAAAGCACUGCCAUCAUGAUGGGGGAUUCAGAAGGCGCCCAUGUGGGCAUGAGGCUCUUCGCUCUCUGGCCAGAGGAGAAAGUACUGGGCUGAACAGACCAAGGCAGCUCGUUGUAAAUAUCAACUUUAUCAAGAGAAAUAAUGGUACUUGGCUUGAUCUCACGCUUCGUAUUUUUAUCUUCUUGAUAAAAUAGGUAUUUAGGGAGGUGGAUGACAUUUCUCACUCCUCCCAUGGGUGUUGAUCAUUAAGAAUGCAUGAAGUAUUCUUAAGAAAACACAGCAAUAUUUAGUAUAUUGAACAGAGUGCAAGAGCCAAACUCCCCCCCCCACACACACACACCCCGUACUUAAUCAUGCCAAGGGUCUUGUUGACUGUUAACAAAUUUUAAAUUAAUAAAACCACUCAACCCAUGAGAACUGCUGGAAGGGGAGAGAAAAACUUCAACGCCUGCACACCUUGAUUUUCUGGAAUUGUAGAGUGUGGUGAGGUGGAAAUAAAAGAAAUGUACAAAUCUGCUUUUUCCUGAUCUGGAACAAUCCUAAAGCUGGUCGCAGCAGGCUACACAUAAAGCAAAUUAUUCCGAGUAAAGGAAUAUUGGGACACGCAGUACAAAAUGGAAAGGAAGUUGUCCUUCCUCAAACAAUUCUACCAGAUUGUCUUGUGAAGUUGUGCAAGGAGGUGAAGAGCAAUGCGGGCGUCUCAGGGCAGCUGUGCACACACUUAUUUCAGCAUUGUAGCCUACAAGGGCAGCACAGUGCACACUCAGCGUUGGUUUUCCUCAUUUGUUGCAGAUUUUCUCUUAUUUGUCUAAUAAAUUGCAUCAUGUA